AUUCCGAACUUCUAAAGGCAAUUAAUGUGGGAAGCUGCUGCAAUGGUACCACCAUUCCCUCACAGUCGACGACUUCGAUCCUCGGCCACGUAAUAGAAGCAGAACAAGGUCCGAAUCCAAAAGGCGAUCCAAAGAGCACUACUUAAGCCAAAGGAUGAGCUGCAUUUCUCUCAUCAUCAUUCUUCGAUCGGCUUGAACAUCGGGUCAUGCUCCAACACUAUGUAUUUCUGUGCUUUCUUGCAAGCCUUCAGAGCUAUGCCGUCACUAUUGGCCCAGUUAGUGACCUUGUUGUGGCCAAUGCUCAAGUAUCUCCAGACGGGUUCAUGAAGUCGGCGGUGCUUGCUGGCGGCACUCUCCCCGGGCCCGUUAUCACGGGUCAGAAGGGUGAUACGUUCAAGAUCAACGUCACGAACUAUUUAACUGACGAUACUAUGCUCUUGGGUACCAGCAUCCACUGGCAUGGACUAUACCAAAGCCACACUAACCAAAUGGACGGUACCGCAUUUGUUACGCAAUGCCCACUCGCUCCAGGGCAUUCUUUUCUGUACGAGUUCAACGCUGGUGAUCAAGUAGGAACAUACUGGUACCACUCUCAUUAUGGAGUCCAAUACUGCGACGGUCUACGAGGCCCAAUGAUCAUCUACGACCCCGACGAUCCAUACCGUUUCUCUUACGAUAUUGAUAACGAAUCUACCAUUAUUACUUUGAUGGACUGGUAUCACGUACCAUCCCCUCAAGUCCAGAGACAGGUGGCUCCCGACUCCGUGCUUAUCAACGGUAUCGGGAGCUAUCAGGGAGGACCGGAUCCUCCUCACGCCGUCAUCGACGUUCAGCCACUCAAGCGGUAUCGUUUCCGUUUACUGAACAUGGCGUGCAAGCCCAACUAUAUUUUCUCUAUCGAUCACCAUAAGCUCACCAUAAUCGAAGUUGAUGGUCAGUACGUCGAGCCGGUCGUGGUCGACUCUAUCCAGAUCUACGCUGCACAGCGGUAUUCUUUCAUUCUCGAGACGAACAAGCAUGUCGACAACUAUUGGGUGCAUGCGGAUCCGAACACAGGUACGAACUCCACGGCCAUCUUACGAUACGCAGGCUCUCCCGACGUGGCCCCGAAGAACAGGACGACUCCAAAACUGGCCCCUUUGAAAGAGACUGACCUACACCCCUUGUAUCCAUCUCCAUCUAAUUUGCUUCAGGAAGAUGCAGACGUGAAGCUUGAUUUGAUCCUCGGGAAAAAUGGGACGAGUUACAACUUCCUCAUCAAUGGGGUUCAGUACAAUUCUCCCAGUGUCCCUGUGCUACUACAGUUACUGAGUGGUGGUGUGGCGGCUUCGGAUCUGGCACCCAAUGGUUCCGUGUAUACUCUACCGCGAAACAAGGUUAUCGAGAUUUCCUGGAACCCUGAUAAUUGUCCAGGCCGCCCUCAUCCAUUCCAUCUGCAUGGGCACAGUUUCGCCGUCAUCAGAAGCGCCGGAAACAGCAGCUAUAACUAUGUCAAUCCCGUCAUGCGCGAUACCGUGACCACUGGCGUUGCUGGUGAUUAUGUGACUAUCCGCUUCAUCACGGAUAAUCCUGGGCCCUGGUUGUUGCACUGUCAUAUCGAUUGGCAUCUAUAUACUGGAAUGGCUUUGGUAUUCGCAGAGGCUCCUCAAGAUUGGGCCGCUUCGCAGCCUGUUAGUAAUUCUUCAAAACGGCUCUGUUCGAUAUACGAUAGCCUUCCCCAACAAAAUUUCCCUCUGCCUCCUCCAAACUAAUUGAUAUUAUUGGUUGUAGACGCUUCGUUUCAUUUAUUUUGACGAACACCAGAUAGAAGCUACUUUAAACUUGCGAGCAAUUUAUUGUUAGAGAUAGAGAUAGAGGCCAUCGCGAAAGGCUUGGAUGAUGGAGGAUUGGUCCAUUGAUUUUGCAAGUGUAGAUCACGUCGCGUCGCGUCAAUAGUGAAAAUUAUAUUG